AUGUCGGCACUUGGUCCCUUUCUCGCCGAGCAGACCUAUUGGGCCUACUUUGGGACGAGGGUUGUGCUGGGAAUGGGAGAGGGCUUUGUAAUUCCUUGUCUGAAUAGCUUGGCAGUUCGCUGGUUUCCACCAAACGAAAAGUCGACACUUGGAGCCAUUUAUACAACAGGAAAUCAGCUAGCAGCCAGUUUGACCUCUGUCCUCGUCGCCGUUCUUUGCACUUCUCCCCUCGGCUGGCCUGCCAUAUUUUACAUACACGGAAUCUAUGGUAUAAUUUGGUCAAUUAUUUGGAAAGAUCAUUUGCUACUGCCAAUUCAUCUAAACGGUAUCUACACAAUGAUCCCGUUUGUAGCUCAAUUUGUCCUCAAAAUCCCAUUGGCGAUGCUCUCCGAUUUUCUCAAGCAGAGAAAUCUCGUUGAUUCGAAUAAAGCUGUGAAAAUUUUUCAGGGAAUCGGUUCUUUUGGCAUUGCUCUUUCAAUUCUGGCAUUGGCUACAAUUCCCUCAUGCGAACGACCGUAUUUAGCAUUGCCGAUUUUGACGGCAAUUGGUCUCUCAUUCUCUUGCGCGAUUCCCGGUUUCUUCACUUCAACUCUUUCAAUCGCUCCUCCUUACACAGGCACAAUGUCCUCAAUUGGAAGAGCUUAUUCAACUUUUGCGAACAUUUUUGGAUCACUUCUAGUUUCAUUAAUUGAAUACAUGAAUUGGCCUCACAAAUGGAUUAUCAUCUUUUCUCUUGCAUCUCUGUUACACGUUUUAUCAGGAGUUAACUUUGUGCUGAAUGGGCAAGCAAAAGUUCAAUCAUGGGUCUAUCGAUCGUCCGAUGAAAAAGAUAUUCCAGACAUUACAAAA